AUUAAGAAACACAAAUAAACAAAACAAUUUUUUUUGUUUUAUAUAAUGCAUCUCGAUUUUAGCACCGCUUCAUUAAUAUUGAUAUUGUGACUCUUGCUGACUUUUUGGUUGCUUAUGCCUUGUACAACUGCGUCUAUCUUUUAAUAUUUAAAUUUUAUAUCACUUAGCAUGGUGUUGGUAUAUAGUAGUUAUGCUACAAAAAUGUUUGUGGAAUGGACAGGUCUUUUGGAGUCACUUUUAACAAAUGUAUAUCCCUUUUACAAGGCAUAUAAUUGAAUUUUGUUUAUAAUCCAGUGUGAGAUGGUUGCCAGAGGAGUUUAAUGUAUUUACAAUUAUUGUGUUAAUGACAUGUUGAUUUACUUCUGACAUUUAGCAUUUUGUAUUCUUUUUAGGUUUCCUUUAAUUUUCCUUUGCUUUUACUGUUGCCAUAUGAACUGUGAGUUCUUUGAUUAAAUAUACAUACAAAUUGGCUUGGAAAGUGUACAUCUUGUUUUAAUUUCCACUUUUGAUUGACAUCUGGCUUGUCCUACAGCUGAGUGCAUUCAUGCUGCUGGCAGGAUAAUUGGACUUCCCAUUGCAGCUGCUGCUUCUCAAGCUUUUAUAUUUAUGUGCCAGCCUACAGUAAAUUAUGUUCGUGGUCAUAGUUUUCUCAUUUUUUUUUGUGAUCUCAUUUGAAAUAAUUUAUUCUUUUGAAAGUGAAACAUAUUUGUGAUAUUGUGUAGUCUUCUUUAGUUAUUAGUCUUGUCCUAGUCAUAUGAGAAAUGUUGAAUGAUAUAACAUGUAUUGAUUGCCUGCUAUGUAUGCUCUGCUGAACUAUGCAAGUUUGGAGGAGAAAAAAGAAUAUAAAGUAGUAUCUUGUUGUGUUUUCAAGGGGCUUGAAGUAUAACUGGCAGAGAGACUAGAUGUGCAUCCAUAAAAUGUUAAAUAACCCCAAAAUUAAAAUAUAAAGAAUAUUACCUGGCACUGUUUAUAAAUAAAUGUCAAGUAAGAAACAUAUGCAAAAAGUACCAUAAAUUCGGAAGCCAGAAACAUUAUUUAGAGUUGAAGUGUUCUGAAGUAUUUACAGAGGAAGAAGGAACCCAUCCCAAGGUGGGUGAACAGUGUGGACAAAGGUUCAGACCUGGGCAUGUGGGUGGCAUGUUAGUGAGAUGUCAGGCAAAUGAUUUCAUGGAAUCAUUUCAGAGGUUUCAUGGAAUUGGAAAUGAUUAUGGAAGCUAAGUCCCAAGAUUUCUGGUCAGUAAGUUGGUGAACUUGAAGAACUGAUAGUAUAGCUCUAGUCUGAGUCUAAAGGCAGGGAAAGACUGAUGUCCCAGCUGGGAGACACUCAGGCGGAUAGAGAGAAGUUUCUCCCAAAGUAACUUUUUGUUCUAUUCAGAUCUUCAAUAGAUUGGAUGAGGCACACUUGUUAAUGAGGGUAAUCUGCUUUACUUAACCUACCAAUUCAAAUGUUAAUCCCGUCCAGGAACAUUCUCACAGAAACACCCAGAAUACUGUUUGACUAAAUAUCUGGGUGCCUCAUGGCCCUGUCAAUGUGGUAUAUAAAAUUAACCAUCACAGUACUCACAGAGCAUUCGAAGGGCACUUAGUCAAAUUGUAGGGGCAGGGGCAUGUCUGUAAAGGCUUUCAUGUGGAACUAAUGCCAGAGUUGAGACCUAAGAGACAAGUUGGAAUUCAAGAGGUAAAGGUUUCGGGCAGGGUGAGGGAGUUGGGAAGAAGUGUUUCCUAGGUAGAGGAAGCCAACGGUAUAAAUGCUUACAGGUGAGAGAGUACUUGGAACUUUCAAGAAUGGCACGUGAUUCGCUGUGGCUGGCAUAUAGAAUGUGAGCAGGAAAACUGGGAGAAGUGGAUGAAGUUAGAAAGACUUGUUCAGGACAGGAGGGUUUUGGGUACCACAGGGAGGCAUUUUGCUGAGGGAACCUGAAAAUGAUUUUGAAUAUGUUAGUGGACUUGAGUGAAAAUGGAUUGUAGAUAGGAUGAUUGGAGGUAGGGAGAUUGAUUGGACUAAUUUAGAUUAAAUAUCUCAGGGAGCUGAACAGAGGCAGUGGCAAUGGGAUAUAUUUGAGAACAAUUAAGGCAUUAGAAGCUUUAGCCUGGAAGUCAAACAGAUGAAGGGGCUAGGAGGAGGGAAAUCACAGAUGAUUCUUGGGAUCCUGGCUUGGAGAAGUGGCUGAAAUUAGCUUAUUACAAUAGGAAACAAAGGAGGAAGAGAAAGUUUGCUGGCCAGAGAAGAGUUGUGUGGCAUGAACUGUGAUAAUUUCAGGUAUUCAAUAUAAACAUAGCUUAAAAGUUUUCCCUUUCUUCAUGGCAUUUUCCUACUGAGUUUAGAGUAAGGGAGACUUACAUGUUGACAUUUCUUUCAGAUUUUCAUGGCUGUAUAACAUUGGUAAAAUUACUAGGUAAAUAAAAUAUGUGUAAAUGUACAGACUUGUUGAUGAAACAAACUGGCCCAUCAAUGGCCAAACAAUUAACAAUGAUAAAGUUUGUUUCAGUAACAAAGCUUCCCAAAGAGAGGGUGAUUUGGAUGCCUUUCAGCAAAAUAAAUUCCUUUCUUCUCAGAUGACAUGUAAACUGAUGUCAUUUCUCAUUCCAUAAAGAAAAGAAAAAAAAGAAAGAUGAAACUUGCUAUGGUCUGCACUAUUCCAAUGAUGGCAUUCUUCCUCAAAGUAAUCUAAAAAAAGAUAUUGUGAGCAAACUUGUAUUUCCUCUGCCAGAAAUGCAUGCCUGGCCGUAAUGCAAGCCUUUCAUAUUUAGCUCUUUAGAUAAUGGUUUUUCCAUGAACUUUCAUAACAUUUAUUUACUGCUAUAAAUGAUUGAACCAACUGCUGUUGGAAGCCAGGAAUCUAGUUCCUCUGCAGUUGGAUUUCUCCCUACAUUACCACAACUUUAUAAAGGCUGUACCGAAAGUAGUGUUUCCUGUCAAUAUUUUAAGGGGGCAGUGUGAAAUAUUUCAAAGGGGCAGAGCAUGUCAGUUUUGAAUGUUUAUAGUUCUGCCUGCUUGCAAAACAUGUUAGCCUUACUCUAUGAGGACCAUGCUUUAGUUAUAAAUAUUUUAACUCUCCAGCCCCAGUUUUUUAGGGUGUACCAAACACAUUUUCCUUCCCCUCCCAUCUGGCUGACUGAUUCAUACUCUUCUGUGAAUUGUUGCAGCAGAAAAACAGAGAUUGCCAAAUUCUGAAGACAAGGCUUUCUAUAUGUUCAUCUGGGUAAAAUGUAAAAAUAUAACUUGGGCUGACUUACUAAUAAAGGUUUAACCAGGUGAUAUGGUUUGGAUGUUAUUUGUCUCUGCAAAACCCCGUUUUGAAAUUUGAUCUCCAGUGUGCAGUAUUGGGAGGUGGGGCCUACUGGGGGGUGCUUGUGUCAUGGGGGUGGAUCCCAUAUGAGAUUAAUGACAUCCUGCAGUGGGUGAGUUUGAGCUCUUGUGGGAAUAGAUUAGUUCCAGCAAGAGAAAAUUGUUUAAAAGACUCUGGCUUCCUCAGUUUCUCUCUCUUGCUUCCUCUCUUGCCAUGUGAUCUCUUUGCACAUAGCUACUUCCUUUCCAUUUUCUGCCAUGAGUUGAAGCAGCAAGAGGCCCUCAGUAGACACAGCUGCCCAGUCUUAUCCUAUCCAGCCCCUAGAAUCAUGAGCCAAAUAAACCUCUUUUCUCAAUUAAUUACCCAGCCUAAGGCAUCCUUCUAUAGCAACAUGAAACCCACUAAGACACCAGGGUAGAUAAUAUUGAUCAUUCAAUGGAGAGAGGCACUUUGCUCUAAUGGGUGUUCCAGUUACACAACAGAGCCAAUUGUGAGCCUGCUGUGGACAAAUUUGAACUCCAGGUGGCUCUGCUAAGCAGAGCUCUGACAUGAAGGCUUGCCACUCCCUCUAGCACUUGCAUGCUGAGGCAUAGGGGUUCCCUUACGUUGAGCUGGUUAAACUGGAUGAACCAGAGCCUCCCAGAACAGUCUCUCUGGGCCAUGGCCUGAGGGUGGCUCCUGCCCUGGCAGGAAGCUGUGCCCACGUGCUUACCUUCAUCAGCUCGCACUCUGUGGUGCCAGACAUAGCCAGGCAGGAACAGGAUAUGGCUAUGGACAGGACAGUUGGUGCCUGACUCUGGGCCGCUCCAGAAAUCCUAUUUCCAAAAUCUUUUCAGCUCUUAGCUGGCUUCCUACAGUGAGCAAGAAUUUCAGCCCAACAUUUAGGAACUUCACUCUUGGUGGCCAGAAAAUACAGAACCAGAUGCUGCUGAGGAAGAAGCCAUUAGAUGGUGGAGAAAGUGACCCUGGAAACAGACGGGGGAUUAUUAUAAGUCACAAAGGAAAAUAAAUAACUUCAUCCAUGGAGGGAAGGAGACAGCUCGAGAAAAGGGACUUUGGAAAAAGGUUGUCUCUAGACAGCAGUCUUGUGGAAUACAUGGACUCCAAUAAAUACAUUGAGCAUCUGCUGACUCAGCUUGAGGAGCAACACAGGAGUCUCUGGAGGGAGAAGUUGGCAGUGGCCCGACUGCAGCGAGAAGUUGCCCAAAGAACAAGUGAGGGGGCCAUGCAUGAGAAGCUGAUACAUGAACUGGAAGAGGAGAGACACUUGCGUCUUCAGAGCGAGAAGCGGUUGCAGGAGGUGACCCUAGAGUCUGAGCGUAACAGAAUUCAGAUGCGUGGCUUGCAGCAGCAGUUCUCCAGGAUGGAAGAAACAGUACGAAAUCUAUUGCAGAGUCAAGGAUCUCCAGAGCAGAAAAAAGAAGACACUGUUAAUAUAAUGGUCUAUCAGGAAAAGCUGUCAGAGGAAGAGAGAAAACAUAAGGAAGCUUUGGAAGAUCUUCACAUGGUGGUUGAUGAGGAUUCAAGGAGUGAAAGCAGCAGUACAGAUGAGGGAAAAGAAAAGACCAAAUUGCUAUUAGAGAGAUUGAAAGCUCUAGAGGCAGAGAAUUCAGCACUGGCUUUGGAGAAUGAAAAUCAAAGGGAACAAUAUGAGCGAUGUCUUGAUGAGGUAGCCAACCAAGUUGUUCAAGCUCUGCUUACUCAAAAGGAUCUAAGGGAGGAAUGUGUGAAGUUGAAAACAAGAGUGUUUGAUUUGGAACAGCAGAAUCGAACACUAAGCAUCCUAUUCCAACAGCGAGUCAGACCCACUUCUGAUCUGCUCUUCCAGAAACUUCACUCACGCCUCUUGGAUCUUUCAUCCGGAGAUUUGCUUUCAGAGGUGGAAAGAAGCCGAAGUCUGACGCAGUCACGAACUGAUGCUGAGCUGCACGAACACCAACUGAAUACAAAAUCGGCCUUGAAAUGCCCUGGCUUGGGGACUGUCAUCCCUGGUCACCUCUGUCCUCGAAACAGCUACAGCAGCAGCAGCGAACUGUCUCUUUCAAGCACCUGCAGCGAGUACUCCAGUGGCUCCUCCUACACGUGGCACGAUGGGAAGAACCUCAGGAAAAGGCAAUCAUCACAAAACUGGGAUAAAAGGCUAAGUAUUGAUUCUUCGCUCCCAAGUGGCUUUGCUAGUCCUACAAAUGAACUACCUCCAACUCGUAUCAAGGAAAGCCACAUUUUGGAAGGGCUAAGAAAGCUACAGAAGCGAAAAGUGUUACUUGAACCCCCAUCAUUGAUAACCAAAUGGGGUUAUAAAGACUGCAUGAACUCGAAUGAAGGAAUAUAUUCUCCAGGAAUUAAAAGUAGCAGCCUCAAGGAGUAUCCCCCCUGCAAAGCAGCUGACCCAGGGAGCCCCUGCAAGGAGCCCCACAAGACAUUUGUUUAUGAUCUAGAUUCCCACGAUGAUGCAGAUGAUGACUCCUCCACCUUAGCGUUGCUCCAAGCGGUUCCAAACCAGAGCUACAGGCCACAUGGCAGUAAAUUAACCCACAGUGUUUCUGACAGUCUGUUUGGCUGGGAGAUGAAUAGAAAACACUUUCUGGAAGGCACACCCUCAGUUUAUCCCAGGGAAAGGCCUGAAAAGCUGACAAGUUGUGCCAGCAGCUGUCCUUCGGAGAGGAAGCUGUGCCCAAGUGUGCAGGUGCCUCAGGUACAGAGGGAACCACAAGGCCACGGCCGCCUGGCUCUCCACAUCCAGCUUUCAGACACUGAAGAUAAUGAAAUGCUCGAUGAGCUGCACAUAGAGAGCAGCGAUGAGAAAAGUCCUUCAGAUGUGUCAUUGGCUGCUGACACCGAUAAGUCCAUGGAGAACCUGGAUGUCCUUGUGGGGUUUGGAAAAUCUCUAUUUGAGUCUCCUGAUGAGGAGGAAAAACAAGUGCCCAUCCCUUCAGAGACUAGGCCAAAGACGUUUAGUUUCAUUAAGCAGCAAAGAGUUGUAAAAAGGACUUCCUCAGAAGAAUGUAUUACUGUGAUAUUUGAUGCGGAAGAUGGUGAGCCCAUUGAAUUUAGCUCUCACCAGACUGGAGUUGUCACUGUUACCAGAAAGGAAAUUUCCAUCAAUUCAGCUCCUACUGGACCCAAGGCAGAACGUACUGAACUUUUACCUCAGGGAAUUGCUUGUUUACAGCCAGGAGCUGCUGCAAGAGACUAUACUUUCUUAAAAAGGUCUGAAGAAGACACUGAGAAAAACAUUCCAAAAGAUCAUGUAGACAAUGUUUCCAGGGUGUCCACUGAAUCUUUCAGCUCCAGGACAGUGACACAAAGUUCUCAGCAGCAAAAGCUGGUCAAACCAACGCACACUGUAUCAUGCCAGAGUCACUCCAGGUCUUCGGCCCCCGUGGGCAUCUAUCAAAAGCAAAAUCUGACAAAAAUACCUGCCAGGGGCAAGUCUUCACUUCAGAAAUCAAAAUUAAUGGAACCUGAGGCCACCGCACUACUCCCCUCAUCUGGCCUGGUGACUCUUGAAAAACCACCAGCCUUAGCACCUGGGAAACUCACACGGUUCAUGAAGACUGAGACCCCAGGGCCCCUCUUUGAAUUACGACCAGAUCCACACAUUCCAAAACAUCCCACCCAACUUCCGCACAGCUCCAGAAUGCCCAGCAGGAGGGACUGGGUCCAGUGCCCCAAGACUCCAGGGUCACGGUCAAGGCCUGACAUUGAGUCUAAUGACAGUGGAGAGCCCCCGACGAGGGACGAGCACUGUGGCUCUGGGCUCAAGGCAGGGGCGAAAUCCCCUUCUCCUCCGCCCCCUCCAGGCAGGUCCGUCUCCCUGCUGGCCAGACCCAGCUAUGACUAUUCACCAGCGCCUUCAUCCACAAAGUCUGAAACCAAGCUCCCCAGUGAAAUAGCAAGGACCCCAUUCAAAUCCCCUCUGCUGAAAGGAACCUCUGCUCCAGUUAUUUCGUCUAAUCAGGCCACAGCAGAAGUGCAGAGGAAGAAACCUUCUGUGGCUUUCAAAAAGCCUGUCUUCACUCACCCUAUGCCCUCCCCAGAAGCCGUAAUUCAAACCAGAUGCCCUGCUCAUGCCCCCUCCAGCUCCUUCACCGUAAUGGCCCUGGGGCCUCCAAAAGUCUCUCCAAAGAGAGGUGUCCCCAAAACCUCUCCUCGUCAAACACUUGGGACCCCACAGAUGGAUGCAGGAUUACAGACUCCCAGGAAUUCUCCUUCAACCCAUGAGCCACUGGAAAUAACAUCCUCCAAAAGUAUAUCUCCAGUGAGAAAAGGACAAUUGAAUGAUAGAGCCUCUACAUCCCCCAAGCCUUCCUUCUUAGGGGUAAAUGAGUCACCAUCAUCUCAGGUCAGCAGUCCCUCAUCGUCAUCAUCACCCUCCAAAAGCCAUAACAGCUCUCAUGGUUGUCAAAGUGCUCAUGAGAAAGGACUGAAAACUCGCCUUCCAGUGGGACUCAAAGUUCUCAUCAAGUCUCCCCAGCUGCUCAGGAAAAGUUCCACCGUGCCAGGGAAACACGAAAAAGACAGUUUAAAUGAGGCCUCCAAAAGUUCUGUGGCUGUGAACAAGUCUAAGCCAGGCAACUCCAAGAAUCCAGCAAGCGUGGAGACCACAGCAGGCGAAAGUAAUGUGACCAUGCCGGACUCACAGGCACAGGACAGUUUAGCUGAGGGGCUUCCCCUGGAAACAGCACUACAAGAGUCAUUGGAAAGUAGCAUCCCUGGGAGUGAUGGAAGGGACAGGGUAGAUAAUAGAUCCAUGAAAAGAUCCCUUUCCUCUAGCAAACCACACCUAAAACCAGCUCUAGGCAUGAAUGGUGCCAAGGCCCGUAGCCAGAGCUUCAGCACACACUCAGGAGACAAGCCUUCCACGCCCCCCAUGGAAGGGUCAGGCAAAGUCCGAACUCAGAUCAUUACCAAUACUGCUGAGAGAGGCAAUUCUCUUACCCGGCAGAACUCUUCCACAGAAAGCUCUCCCAACAAGGUCCCUUCUGCUCCCAUGUCGGAGAGCCUCCCCAGUGCUGGGAGGCCCUUGGGGCACCCCUCCUCCAGGCAGGGCUCCUUGGGGAGCUCCGGCAGCUCUACCAGUCAGCAUGGGAGCCCAAGCAAGUUGCCUUUGAGGGUCCUUCCAAAGACCGAAGGACUCCUCACCCCACUUGGAAAGGAAGAUCAGCAGGCCUACGCCCAAGGAGAGUGCCCCAGUGUGGCUGUACUUGGGGAACCAGACGGUGAUUGCCACAGAUGCCCACCCACCCCAGCAGCCUUCCCUGAAGCCCUGCAGAUCCCAGGCAGGACCCAGCAUCCAAGUACUUUUGAAACAAGCAGUAUAUCCAAGCUAGAAACUUCUGGAAGGCAUCCAGAUGCCUCUGCAACCGUGACUGAUGCUGUGAAUUCAGAAGCCCCCCUCUCACCCACAAUCGAAGAAAAGGUCAUGUUGUGCAUUCAGGAAAAUGUGGAAAAGGGCCAAGUACAAAUAAAGCCCACCUUUGUGGAAGCGAAGCAGAAGCCUGGGCCUUCUUUUGCCAGCUGGUUUGGUUUUCGGAAGAGUAGACUUCCAGCUCUCAGUAGCAGGAAAAUGGAUGUCUCCAAAACCAAAGUGGAAAAGAAAGAUGCAAAAGUCUUGGGGUUUGGAAACAAGCAACUAAAAUCAGAAAGAAAAAAAGAGAAAAAGAAGCCUGAACUACAGUGUGAGAUAGAAAAUGAGCUUAUCAAGGACUCCAAGUCAGCAGAUAAUCCGGUCAGCGGUUUACAAAGCAAAAGUAAUCGGAAAACACCACAAGACAUUUACAGCCAACUGGAGUUUGAACCAAGGAAGAGACACAGCCCUGUUACAUGUUCAACAAAAGACACCUUCAUGACGGAACUCUUGAACAGAGUUGAUAAGAAAGCAGCUCCACAGACAGAAAGUGGAUCAAGUAAUGCUUCCUGCAGGAAUGUGUUAAAGGGCAGUUCUCAGGGUUCCUGUCUCACCGGCAGCUCUAUCAACACUCAAGGAAAUCACAAGAAAAACAUGAAAAUCAAAGCCGAUAUGGAAGUAUCAGAAGAUUCCCUGAUAAAAGAGGGAAAUGAAAACUUACAAGAGGAUGAAGAAGAUGCAGUUGCAGAGUCUGUAUUUCAGAGUCACAUCAUAGAAUCCAACUGCCAGAUGAGAACAUUGGACAGUGGGAUUGGAACCUUCCCACUCCCAGACUCGGGAAAUCGCUCGACAGGAAGGUACCUAUGCCAGCCAGACUCCCCAGAGGACACUGAGCCUCUCCUGCCUCUCCAGUCAGCCUUUUCUGCAGCUUCUUCCAUGAGAGCCCAAACACUUGAACGUGAAGUGCCUUCCUCCACAGACAGCCAGCGCCCUGCAGAUAGUGCCAUUGUUCAUUCGGCAUCUGACCCCAUCAUGACUGCCAGAGGGAUGCGACCUCUUCAAAGCUGCCUUCCCAAACCAGCUUCCUCAGGAAAAGGCAGUACCCAAAAGCAGAAUGAAGCAGAGCCAAGGCCUCAGACAUGCUCACCAUUUGGAUAUGCUGAAGACCCAAUGGCAAGCCAACUCCUUCCAGUCUGGGGGAGUGAAGAUACUGCCUCCGGGACCCAGAAAUUGAAACAACUUGAAGAAACAAAAGACGAUCCUGAGAAUAGAUUAUCGAAAAUUUCCCUGGAGUCAUUCAAUAAAUUUAACAGCAAUACUGUGAUUUUAUCAGAAAAAGAAAAGAACUCUCUGAACAAGGUUGAAGGACGAAAGGAAGAAAAAGAAAAAAAUGAAGAGACAUCUUUGAGUAGUUCAGAUAGGCCUGGGGUAGACAACUUGGAAUCUCUGAGUGAUUCUUUAUAUGAUAGCUUCUCUUCCUGUGCCAGUCAAGGUUCAAAUGAUGUAUAAAGGACUUUUCUUCCCUUAGUGAGCUAGGACUGGAGAGCUUAAGAAAUGACGGGGGCGGGUGGGGGGUGAGCCACUCUGUAGAGAUGACAACAAUAUACUGUUGCAGUACCAGAGCCUUCAUUGUCAGAUUCACAGCAGGCAACCCACCAGAGCUCAUGCUCUGACAGGGCAAUAAAGAUAGACUCCAUUUACUGUGUUUCAAGAGGAUUAAGCAUAAACACACCUAUGAUACAGAAUCCUUAAUUUUGCACUUUUUUUGAAUAUUUGUACAGAAGUUGUAAAUAUUUUGGAAGAGAAAUUAUAUUUGUAGCAAAAAAAGACAGCAAUAAAUGGAAUCAGUGCCAUGCUCUUGAAAUAAUAUGCUAAAUCUUAGAAGUUGAUGAUAAUAUAUAUUUUUUAAAAUCCCAACUUAAGUUUUUGUGAAGUUCAUUGUCCUAGUCCUCAAAUUUUUUGUGGGUACACUCUGUAAACCUACAACAGGGCCUGCCAAAAAAAACAGAGGGUUCCUCUUCAUCUCCAUUUCAUAUCAAUUUGAUAGAAAUAUUCAUUUUUAGUGCAAUUUCAGAUUCGUUGCCAGAGAUUCAGGUGAUAGGAACAGGUGUAAUUCUGCUUCUGCUGAAAAUGAAAAGGGUCCUGAAGUGUGGACACUGGGAGUGUGACAUUGUAUCAGAAAUGACCGAAUUCUAUUUCCAAUACCAAUUUUUUUCCAGACAUUUAUUUAGAUUGUCUUCUACUUAGUGCUUCUCUAUGAUCUUGAAUAUUAUUUGAUGUUUAUCUUCUUGCUCUUUUUAUUAAAAUCUGGGCACUCUUAAAAAAUGAAAGCAAAUUUCUAUUUGCAAUGCUCACUUUUUAAAAAUAAAAUUAUUGGUGCUACGAAGAAUUCUUUUUAAUAUCCUUUUUUCUACGAAGACUGUUUAUAUGUAAGGAUAAAUUCUAUUUUAAAGGUUAUGUGUAUUUUUUCUAGAUGUGAACUAUUUAUAAUUGCUUAUGUACAGGAGCUUGUAAACUAGGCAUAAUAGAAAUAUUUUUAGGAGCUAUAUGGCUACUUUAGCACAUAAUUGUUUCUUUAAAAAGUAUUGUAUGAUCAGUGUUAUUUGGUUAAUUUGUGCAAUUUAUUAUAUUUUAUCUUAAAUGAAAAGUAUGUAAAAUAUCCUUGUCUUUCAGACUUUAAAAAUCCUUUUGUUUCCUUUCUGAAUAAAAGUUAUAUCACAAUUGCA